CCCUAAAGUGGAAAGAGAUGAAGUUCUCAUCUAUAAUAGCUCCUGUAACAUUACCAUGGAAACUGAGGCAGAGAUGGAGUGUGAGGGAGCUAAUCAGCCAAUUACCGCCAAGAUUACUGAGAUAUGGAAAAACUGGGGCCAGAACACUCAGCUUGCCCUCCAGUUUUGUGGCCGGUGGGACGAGGACUCCAGCUGGCCUGCUGGCCACCAGCCACGAGAUGGCGAUAACGUCACGAUAGAAGGCGGCCAGACUCUGCUGCUGGGGAGUGCCACUACCAACCUCAACCUGCUGCAUCUCAAAGGUGGCAAACUCUUAUUCACUGGUCCAGGACCUGUAGAAUUGCAUGCUCACUACAUUCUGAUAUCUGAUGGAGGAGAGCUCCAGGUGGGAUCCCCUGAGGACCCUUUCCGUCACAAAGCACACAUCUAUCUCUAUGGAAGCCUCCAUUCUCCGCCAUUAUUUCCAUAUGGAGUCAAGUUCCUGGCAGUGAGGAAUGGGACCCUUUCCAUUCAUGGCUGGAUGCCCAAAGUAGCUUUCACACACUUGAAAUCAUCAGCUCGUACUAACGAUACACGAUUAGUGCUCCAGGAACCUGUUGACUGGCAACCUGGAGAUGAAAUCAUGGUGGGAAGGACAGGCUUUGAAGAUGCACAGCAGCAGGAAGAAAUGGCUGUUAUUGAGUCUGUGAACAACACAGAGCUGUACAUUAGAUCACCACUCAGGUACUCCCACAGUGUGGGAGAGGGAUGGGCGAACGGUGAAGGUCUGCCCUUGAGUGCCCUGGUGGUGCUGGUUAGCAGAAGGGUUGUUGUUCAAGGAAAUGUCACGAUGGAGAGGAUGUUGCACACCAGACAGUGUGUGACAACCAGUGUUACAAGAGGUCGCUCCAGGUGUCUGUACAAGCGCAGUGAGCAGCAGCUGGGGUCUCGGGACCUGGGGGCCAUCGUGGUUGUGGAGGCCUUCCAGGGAGAGGCGAGUCGGCUCCGGAUGGAGGGGGUCCAGUUCCGCAACAUGGGCCAAGUGUUUCGGCAGCAUCUCAGCGCCCUGACUGUUGCUGGCAGCGCGCGGAUGGCAGGAGAAGGACUGGAAGAGGGAAACAAAGUCAGUAACAACAUAGUGAUUGGCCUUUCUGGAACAGAUGGUUUAUCCAACAUUGAGACACUGUCACCAGCAGGGAUCUAUGUCAGGGCUCCUGCCAACCACAUCGAGGGUAACACAGUGUGUGCUGCUGGCUAUGGCUACUUCUUUCAUCUCUCUCCUGGUGGACCAUCCAAAAUACCUCUACUGUCCUUCAGUGAGAACGUAGCUCAUUCCUGUACAAGAUAUGGCUUGCUGGUGUACCCAGAAUAUUUACCAGACAGCCCAAACAGACUUGUUCAGUUCAACAACUUCACAGCUUGGAGCAGCCAAGGUGGAGCACAGAUUUUUAGAAGCCGCAACAUUGAACUCCAACAUUUCUGGAUUUAUGCUUGCAAAGACUUUGGCGUUGACAUUAUAGAAAGCCUGGGAAACACUUCUGUAGCUAACAACUUUUUUACUGGACACGUUAGGCAAAAGGAUCGGACCUGUAUGUCAGCAGGACUAAAAACUCCCAAAAGAUACCAGCUAUUCAUCUCCAACACAACUUUCAGGAACUUUGAUGCGAACACAUGCACUGCAAUCAGGACUUGUUCUGGCUGUUACCAAGGGCAGGGUGGGUUUACAGUGAGAGUUGAACGUCUGACCUUCAUCAAUUCACCUUUCCAAGUGUCCUUCCCCUUUCCUCACUCUGCCAUCCUUGAGGAUGUCGAUGGCUCUGUCACAGGGCAGAAAGGAAGUCAUCUCCUCCCUUCCACAGAUAUCCUUGUGAUGUCUUGCACAGCCUGUGCCAACUUCAGUCAAGCUUCUGGUGGCAGUGUUUGUGGCAAGGACCUCGUGUUCCACCGUAUGUCUCUUCAUUUAAAAGAGGCUCCAGACAUUCCCUAUAAUUUAACUGUGACUGACAGUAGGAAUAAGACAACCACAGUCAAUUAUGUCCCUGAUACUUUGUCAAACCUCUACGGCUGGAUGGUUCUCCUCUUGGAUAAAGAGACUUAUGCAUUGACAUUUGACAACCCUUUGGUCAGCAAACAGCUCCAGUAUUCAGUGACGUUUAGCAACUUCAUGACUGGGAGUUACUUGCUGCUGGAACACAAGGAUCUUCCUGCCGAUCCUGAGAUUGUGGUGUCCUGUGGGACAAAGAUUGGACAGCCGCUGAAAUCGCUGCCUUCAUACAGACAUCAUAGGAGCUGUGACUGGUAUCUUGACAGCAGACUGAGGAAGCUAACCUAUUUGGUUACAGGAGCUGACUUAAUUCAGGUCACACUGAAAGAGAAGGAAAGAGAAAAAACCUACUCCAGGUUUCCUUCUGACUCUGUCUUGAAAUGGUCACACCCAGAGACAUGGAAUGAUGUGGAAAAAGGCUGGGGUGGAUCCAACUGCAGCAUCCCAGGCCCUGGGGAAGACGUAAUCAUCUUACCUAACCGGACCGUCCUGGUGGAUAUGGCUCUUCCCCCUCUGAGAGGUCUCUACAUCCUGGGAACCCUCGAGUUCCCCAGCAACUCCAGCAAUGUCCUGAGUGCAGCCUGUAUCGUGGUGGUGGGGGGUACGCUGAAAGUGGGUUCUUUUCACCAUCCCCUAGAAAGGGAUUUAAAGCUGCUGGUCCUUCUUCGGGCAUCUGAAGGGAUUUACUGUGAUCGUCUGGAGGAAAUAAAUGUCCACCCAGGGAGUAUUGGGGUUUAUGGAAAGGUGCAAAUUUAUAGCUCUUAUCCUAAGACAUCUUGGACACAUCUGGGAACUAAUGUUGCUCCUGGCAAUGAAAGAAUUUUUGUGGAGGACAAAGUGGAUUGGGAUCAUGGUGGAGUUAUUGUGCUCAGCUCUUCCUCCUAUGAAGCCCACCAAGCUGAAGUAGUUACACUUAAAGAAGUCAAUGGUCAUAGCAUAAGAAUUAAUGAACGCCUUCUGCACAGGCAUAUUGGGCAUUCCCAUGACACAGAAGAUGGUAGACGCAUCCCUUUGGCUGCGGAGGUCGGACUCCUAACACGGAACAUACAGAUCAAGUCUGAUAUGGCUUGCACUGGGAGAAUGCUGGUGGGACAUUUUACAGACUCCAGUGGGACGGAGUUUGAAGGUGUCCUUCAACUCUCAAAUAUUGAAUUUUUGAACUUUGGGCCUCCUCAGCUUUCUGCCAUUGAAUUCAGGAAUGUAUCCCAGGGGUCCUCGGUGGUGUCAUCCAGCAUUAAUGGUAGCUGCGGAGUUGGCAUUAAAGCAGUCAUGAGCAACUGGAUCUUAUUGCGUGAUAACUUGGUGUUCAACACGGUGGGACAUGGCAUUGAUCUGGAAGGGCAAAAUCAUUCUCUCAUCAGGAACCUUGUUACUCUGAGCAGGCAGCCAGAAGGCUUAUUAACCUGGGUUGCUGGAAUCAAGGUGAACCUUGUCAUGGGUGUCUCCCUCUGUGGCAAUGCUGUGGCAGGAUCUGAGCGAAUUGGCUUCCAUAUCAGAGGCCAAGAGUGUUUGCUAGAUGGAGACUAUUGCAGUGAAAAUGUGGCCCAUUCAAGUCUGCAUGGUAUUCAUCUGUACUGGGGAGAUGGAUUUCAGACCUGCACUAGGAUCACAGGUUUUCUAUCCUAUAAGAAUUACGACUAUGGUGUCAUGUUCCACCUUGGAAGCAGUGUCAUCGUGGACAAUGUGGUGCUGGUGGACAACACUGUGGGACUCAUGCCAGUAGUCUACUGUCUCUAUGCCAUGCAGUGCCACACGGGGAAAAGAUUCAUAGAGCUGAGAAACUCCACCAUUGUCGCAACAAGCUCAACUUUUGACUGCAUCAGAGACAGGAUCAAGCCUCACUCAGCUGAUCUAACAGCCAAGGAUCGACCACCAUACUACCCUCUACGAGGCCGUGUUGGGAUUUUAUGGCCUACAUUUACCACUGUUCCCAGCCAAAGGCCAGAUAACCCAUGGCACAAAACUGGACAUUGUCCAAAAGUCCUGGGACUCAUGAAGCUGAAAGAAGUCACCUUUACUGGUUUUACAAAGAGCUGCUACAGUGAAGACAGGGAUGUCUGCAUCAUGUCAAAUGCUGACCAUUUAGGCAUCAUGCCUCUAAUCACAGCAGAGACAUCAAGGAUGUUACACGUCAAUGAGAAGGACAAGUUUUACUUUCAUCCAACAAGUGUACAGACCUCCGAAGACACCAUGUUCCCUGAAAAAACAUGCAAAGGCUCAAGAAAGGCCCUUUUCAAGGAUUUAGAUGGAGGUGUCCUCGACCUAGAACCACCUGUUUCUGUUUUCCCGAAGUCAGAAUUUGAAUGGACACAGUUCUAUUUGCAAACUG